UAUACAAGCAUAGCUUCCACCUUCCCUUACCUAAAUUUUAGAAUCUAUCGAUUCGAUUCUAAUCGUGUAAGAGGAAAGAUAUCAAAAUCUAUAAGACAAGCAUUGGAUCAACCACUUAAUUAUGCAAGGAUUUAUUUGGCUGAUAUUUUACCAUGUGAUGUAAACCGCGUAAUAUACUUGGAUUCGGACAUCAUUGUGGUGGACGAUAUAUCAAAAUUAUGGGAGGUGAAUUUGGGUGAGAAAGUAGUUGCUGCACCUGAAUAUUGUCAUGCAAAUUUUACAACAUAUUUCACAGAUGCAUUUUGGUCGGAUCAUAUAUUGUCAAAGACAUUUCAAGGAAGGAAGCCUUGUUAUUUUAACACUGGUGUUAUGGUAUUAGAUGUCAACAAAUGGAAGAAACAAGGAUAUACCAAGAAGGUAGAAGAAUGGAUGGUUGUACAAAAGCUUAAGAGAAUAUAUCAUUUGGGAUCAUUGCCACCAUUUUUGUUAAUUUUUGCCGGAAAUAUUAAAGCAGUUGAUCAUAGAUGGAACCAACAUGGUCUUGGGGGUGACAACUUUGAGGGUAAAUGUAGGAGCCUUCAUCCUGGACCAAUUAGUUUACUUCAUUGGAGCGGAAAAGGGAAGCCUUGGCUAAGGUUGGAUUCAAGAAAGCCAUGUCCUAUUGAUCAUUUGUGGGCACCUUAUGAUCUUUAUCGCUCAUCACGAACAUGGUUAGAAGACAAGUAA